UUUGUUUGUUCCCUGUUUUGGAUAAAUAGAAAGAGUGAAGUCAGUGGCUCUCUCCCUCAGUUUCUCAAUCCUCUUUCUCCCUUGAGGACGGACUAUGUCUUCUUUGUCUCUCACAUUCUUAAUCGCUUCGCCUAGGGUUUCCUCCGUUCCGUUAUCGUCUUCUUUCUCUUCUUCUCUCAACCUCAACCUCUCGCCUCCUUCUUCGCUGUCGUUUCGAUCCGGCGCGCGCAGGUUCGCUUCUUUCAAGGUCCAAGCAAUGUCUAAGAUGCUUCAGGAUGUGGAGUCCGCUCAGAAGACUAUUGUCGCCACCAGUUCCGCUCAAGACGAGGACAAGAAGUCUUCCUCUAUCAGCGAGGUCAACCACUCGCGUACUUUUCUUGAUGUUCGUACUGAACAAGAGCUCUUAUCUGGAAUUAGCAAGGAAGCUGAAGCAGGAAGGUUGUCUUCAAAUCUUGCAGCAUUGAUGGAAGAGUUGUAUCACAAUUAUAAAAAUGCAGUUUUCAGCAGUGGAAAGCCUGGGGCUGAUGAGCUUGUAUUGUCAAACAUGGCUGUGUUAUUUGAUCGUGUACUUUUAGAUAUGGAGGAGCCGUUUGAGUUCCCACCAUAUCACAAAGCAUUGAGAGAGCCAUUUGACUAUUACAUAUUUGGUCAAAAUUAUAUACGCCCUUUGAUUGAUUUCAGCAAUUCAUAUGUUGGCAACAUCUCCCUUUUCUAUGAAAUGGAACAGAAGCUUCAGCAGGGCCACAAUAUUGUAUUGAUCUCUAACCACCAAAGUGAAGCAGACCCAGCUGUCAUUGCUUUGUUGCUCGAAUCAGCAAACACCCGUAUUGCAGAGAACCUGAUCUAUGUAGCAGGGGACAGAGUUUUAACUGAUCCUCUUUGCAAGCCCUUCAGCAUGGGAAGGAAUUUAAUAUGUGUAUACUCAAAGAAACACAUGUUGGAUGCCCCUGAGCUUAUUGAGAUGAAAAGGAAAGCUAAUACACGAAGUUUGAAAGAGAUGGCUUUGCUUUUAAGGGGUGGGUCACAAAUAGUAUGGAUAGCUCCAAGUGGUGGUAGAGAUCGUCCAGAUCCUGUUACUGAAGAAUGGCAUCCAGCACCCUUUGAUGCUUCUGCAGUGGACAAUAUGAGAAGGCUUGCAGAACAUUCUGGUGCUCCAGGACAUAUAUAUCCCUUAGCCCUAUUGUGUUAUGAUGUUAUGCCCCCUCCACGCCAGGUAGAAAAAGAAAUUGGAGAGAGAAGGGUGGUAUCCUUCUCUGGGGUUGGAUUAUCAGUGGCACCAGAAAUCAGCUUCUCAGAUAUUGCUUCUGCUUUUGAAAAUCCUGAAGAGGCUAGAGAAGCUUAUACACAGGCACUGUAUGAUUCUGUGAAUGAACAAUACAAUGUACUCAAAUCUGCCAUACAUGGAAAACAAGGACUACAGGCAUCAAUUCCAAGUGUGUCUUUGUCACAGCCAGGGAAUUAGUCAAACUUUUGUACCUUUUAGUCCUGCCUUCUUUAAUGAUUAGGCCGAAUUUUUUCUUACAUAAUUUUGAAAAUUUUCAACAAGGCUGCGUAUAAGUUAAUACACGCGCACUGUAAGAGGAAGUCCUCAAUAGCCACCGAUGAUUUUGACUGCAGAUUACCGUAGUCUGGUGUGCUCACCGAGUGCAUCUCAAAUAACCUGAGUCCAUCAGAAUUGAUGCUGCUGCCCCAGAAAUUCAAUUUCAGGUGUGCAUUGUACAGGUCUUAAUUAUUUCGUAGGCAAUUUACAUGUAUAUUUGAAUUUGAUGUAUUCGAUAAUAUUCUUCAGCUUAUUAGCUCAAUCCUUAUUCUUUCUUCUUUGAUCGAUAUACAUGUAUAUCUUUUGACUUCAUCAACAAUUCCAUGUACUCUGAUGUAUUUGAAACACGCUGCUGAACAAAUAAAUUUAUUUACCUAGUUUUAGUAUAAAUCAA